AUGCCAAAUACAUCAUAUAGCACAAUUGGUGACGUUUCGCGACACCCGGAUGUACCGAGUGUGGUAGAUCCAUUUCGUAUGAAUGAUUUAUCACGAGAUAUGGAGAUUUCACGAAAUGCAGAAAUGGUCUGCAAUACCGAUGUGUCCGGUAAUAUAAAAGAAACCAGUAAAAGUGACGAGUUAACAGGAAAAAGCACUGAUAUCACUCGUGGGAAAU